AUGGCUGUUUUAAGAGUAAAGCAGGGAAGGAUUAAGAAGAAGAAACAUGAGUCCCUCAAAGUUCUUCCAAAAGAUUUAGUAGUGGAGAUUUUUGCAAAGGUGGCAUCUCAUUCGAUUGCUGACAUCUGCAAGGUCAAACUAUGUUGUAAAGAAUUUCUUCAUGCUGCAGAGGAUAAUUACGUGUAUCAACAUGCAUCCAUGGAUAAGUUUGCAUUGGUGCCACUGCAAUGGUUUACCCAAGAAAAAGAAUCAUCAUUCUUGAAUCGUUGCAGGGAGAGUGGUAACUUGGAGAUUUUGUACCGGGAAGGAAUGGUACAAUACUUCAGUUCUUUGAUGGUAAAGUUGGGUCUUGAAAAUUUGAAAAACGCAGCAUUGAAGGGUCAUGAUGAAGCCAAAUAUGUUUAUUGUAUGCUUUUGAUGUGCGGUGAAGAUCAAGAACAAAGAAACUUGGGAUUUGAUCUUUUUCGUUCUUUGAAAACAUCCACCUAUGUUAGAAGAUGCAGAGAGAGGGUGAAAUCUUUUAUCAAUAGCAUGUGGAUGAAUAAUCCAGUGGCUCGAAAUCAUCACUUAUCUUUAUGUCAUUCUAGCACAUGUAAACUGCAAAAGCUAUCAAAAAGAUUGUCGUCAUGGGUUGAGGACGAAGAUGAUGGUAUCACAUGUGAAUAUUGCAACGGGGAUUAUGAACUGAAUAUAUUUUGUAAUAUGUUUAGGGUCUAA